AGGAAAAACUCCUUUUGACAAAGUUAUGUUAGAAGAGGUAACUUCUCCACUGAACCUAACUGCAAAAUAUCUGAAACAUUAUACAAAAGAACUCCAAGAAUGUCAGAAGGGAAAUAUUUGACUCGAAUUGGUUUCUCUAUGAUAUUUGUUUAGAAAAUAAAUGAACUAAACUAUGGGAACUUCUUGAAUCUGGUGUAGACAUUUGUAGCUAAAUUAGUCUGAACUGACUGUGAAACAAGAGUUACCAUAAAAAACAAUAUUGUUCUCAUCAUCACAGUUCCACUUGCCUGCCAAGGAAAUGUGUUGUGCCUGCCUGACGCCCGUCUAUCCAGUGGAAAAAAUGGUGGUGAAUAAAGUAACACUCCACUGCAAAUGUUUCUGCUGUAAACACUGUAAGAAGAAGCUGAGCACUCACAACUAUUCAUCUCUUUAUGGAGAGUUUUAUUGCAUUUCCCAUUACCAACAACUUUUUAAAAGAAAAGGAAAUUAUGAUGAAGGAUUUGGACACACACAACAUAAAGAUCGCUGGCUUAACAAAGACAAAGGGUUGGAUGAACCAGAUGCCAAGCCCACUUCCAAGUUWACAAAAAGCGACCUAAAUACUUCAGCUGAUAUGGUCAUUACGAAGCCAAGCUCAAGAGAGCUGAGGAACAAAAGUGAUGCUGAUGUCAAGGGCAGGCUGAAAAUUUGCUGGCCACCAGAAAAAAAGAGAGCUGGGGUUAAUCCAGCACAGGCGACAAAUGCACRGGUGCUGAAAAAUAAGUUGUCUGACACUGACAAAGCAGCUGCUGUUACUGUAUCAGAGUGCAGGAAAACUGUCCAGAGAGAAACAAGAGAUAAGGCAGUCAAGGAACAAUCUAAAAGAACAAGUUUCAUCCCAUCUGAGAAGAUCCCCUCAGAG